GCUAGAUAUAACUAUAGUUUCUGACAGUUUAUUCUUUGCUUUUUUAACUACAAGGUAAAAUCAAACAGAAUGCUGUACACGUUUUCAAGUCGACCCAGACCCGUUAAGACCAAAGAGCCUCCAGAUGAACGGACUCAACACUUUGGUGGAAACAUCAUGUACGACCGUCACGUGGUCAGAGGAAGUACCUAUCCCCAAGGCAUCAUUCCAGCUAUGGCUCAGACAGACAUUGUGGGAACUCAAAGACGACCGCUGUUCAGAAGGAGAGCCAUCACCCAUAAACAGCACAUGGGGCUUCUCAGAACCACAACCCCUGAAGCUGUGCACGGUAGAAAACAUAUCGAUGUACAAACAGAGUCUUACCUUGAGGAACUGGCUAAAGUUCCUGGAUCUUCAGAGGCUGAGAGUCAGACUGAGGCUUUCCUGGACAAACCAGCGACUCCACUCUUCAUACCUGACAAAUCUGGCAUAGAUGUCACAACACAGAUUAAAGAGGGCGAGUUGUUUGACUUUGACAGAGAGAUGCAGCCAGUGGUGGAAGUCCUUGUAGGCAAGACGAUUGAACAGUCCCAGUUGGAGGUUAUGGAGGAGGAGGAACUGGCUUCUCUGAGAGCCCAGCAGAUGGCAUUUGAAGAACUCAGAGUUUGCGAGCUGAGGACGGUGCAACGGCUGCAGGAGCAGGACAGGCGCAUAAAUGAAGAAAAAGAACGUAGAAUUGCCCAGCAAAAAGAGGUGCUGAAGAAAGAGAAGGAGGUUGUGUACAAGAUAUCUGCCAGGGUGUACGCUCGGCAGUGUCUGGCCAACUUACUGCCGAUGACCCUAAACUCAGUGAGAGACCAAGGUUACCUUUUCGACCCUGUGCAGAAAGAUAUUGAAACUCAUUUCUUCCCAUGGCUCAUGGCUGAGGUUGACAGCUGUUUGGAGAGAAGAUACUGUGCAAGAGAGCUGCUUGACACUAUGAUCCUUGAAGUCAGCCAGAAGAGACUGGAGCAGAUCCAAGAACUGGAGACUCAGCUUCAGGAAUCAGACUCAUAAAGAGAUCCACAGAGCAUACAAAUAAACUGUUUAAUUGACAACUAAUAUGACAAGUUUGAGUUACAUGUCUUCAGCAUGAUUUAUACAUUAGGAUUUAAAAGAUGUUUAAGGCUUUUGACAAAACAGAAAUGUAGAUUGUAAAGUUUUUGGCUCUUGUUAUAUAUUGCCUACUUCAAUACAUUCAGGAGACAGUCACUUCUUUAUAAA